AUGGACAGUGAGUUAUUUUAUUUUUGAUUUUUACAUUUUAGGUAUCUAUGAUAACAUAAAACUGAAUGUUGCGCUGUAAUUUGAUGUUUUUUUUACUUAAAAGUUGGAAAAUGGUUUGGGGUAGAUGGUAAACAGUAAUUUGUUGGAGAAUGUGUGAAUAUUCUUAUGUAAUUUGACAUUUUGUAGGUAACAAUGAUGAAGAUACCCAGACCUCAGGGAUUUUUUCAAAUUCUGGAAAUGCCAGCGUUGUGGUGAAGUCUAUGUUGCAGUCAAUUGAAAAUGUGAGUUUUUACUUUUAUUUUCUUAUGUAUUUAGGGUCAAAGCUUUAAAGAUUCAGUAUUUAUGGCCAAGUUAUCUUAACCAUGGUAUGAUUUCAUCGCAAAAUAUAAAAAGGAGCUGUUUAUCUUUAAAUUUGUCACUUUUCAGGAUUCCUUUAAUUUUUCGUCAUUAUCAGACAUUUGGGGAGAUAAUGAACAGAAACCGUUGACUUCGUUGAAGUCAGAACAGUCAUUGUUCAGCUUCGAAGAUUAUUCAUCAGACAAGGAAAAUUGUUUCGAUCAGCGAUCGUAUGCGGCUUGUUCGGUAAGUUUUUGAGAUUUAAGUAAUAAAAAUAAUUAAAAACUGAUUUUUUAAGGAGAUAUACAUUUUUUUAAAUUGAAGUUAAUAGAAAAGUGAGGCUUUAUUUAUAUUAUCUAUGAUGUAAUGAGAUUAUUUGUCAUUUUAGACAUCUGGAAGCCAAGAAUACCGAGCUAAAUGGUCGGAGCUGCAGGACAAUAACAAUUAUGACAAAUUAAAUCAGUAAGAAAAAGUUUUUCAUUUAAUUUGGAAGUUUUAAAAAUUAAAAAUUUUUUUUUCGAAAAAUGAAAUUUCUAAAAAAUUUAAAAAACGAAAAAACUAGCAUAAAUGACAUUUUUUAACAUAUUUCAUCAAAAAAUGAUAUUUAUGACGCUUAAUUUCAGAGAACGAGCCUUGAGAUUACCAGAUUUGACCAAUAAGACUCCGCUACGGCCGCGGACCGGGACUUUCGGCCGGAAAAUUGAGUUGAAAUCUAAUCAUUUUGAGCUGAAGUUGCCAAGAACUGAAGGUUUUCAUUAUAACGUCGAGUUUUUUGUAAAAGGAUUGCCUAAAUAUAUGAAACGGUGAGUUCUUUUUACCUAUUUUGGAGGUUUUCUGAGCGGAUUCGAACUUUUGAUUUUUGACUUUUUCAAAUAAUCGUAACUUUUUUGACAAAGUAGGUAUGGAGUUGAAAUCUUGAGGGUAGAUGCGUCUUUUUAUGCUUUUUAAGUUGUGUUAAUUUGAUUUUGUGUCGCAAUUUUAAAAAGUUGUUUUUUUUCAAUUUUAACUAAUUUUAGGGCCAUUUUUGACAAAAUCAUCCAAGUCAACUCGAAGCUUUUUGUCAAAAAUCAAACUGUUUUUGAUGGAAUCCAAUCCUUGUACACAAAAAACGUUCUAGACUGGAUUGAAGGAGAUGGUGCGAUUUUAUCGACCGGUCAAUUCAUGUUCAACAAUCGCAAAGACUGCUUCAAUGUGGCAAUCAAGUUCGAAGAAAAACUUUCAUUUAAAGACUUGGAUGGGGUUUUUGCAAGUCGAAUCUCGAUGGUUAGACGCGAAAUACCACGGAAUGUUCAAUUGGCGGUCGAUAAAAUCAUGCGAGCCAAGGGCAAUUUGAAAUAUGCGACCGUUGGUGACAUGUUCUACGAAAAACGAGCCGAAGCCGUGACUUUGUUGGGCUUGGGAAGAGAGUUGUGGUACGGAUUCUAUCAACUUGCUAUGCCGAUUGAAAGGAGUUUAUCUAUUAAUAUUGAUUGUAAGUUUUUUUUCGAAAAAUAUAGGGAAAGUGAGUGUUUUAGGUGAUAAAAGGUAUAAAAACGUGGAUUUUGAGGUAAUUUAGGUAAUAAAUAUUAAGAACAGGCUAUUUUUGAUUAAGGAAAAGACUAAAGAAAGAUUUUUUGGUCUAAAAUUACGCUGAAAAUACGGAUUUUGGUCUAAAAAUAGAUGGAAAACUUUAUGUUUGUAGUAAUUUAGGUAAUAAAUUUUUAAGAAAAAGCAUUUUGUUGUCAGAGAUUAGGUAAAAAAAGUCAUUUUCUGGGUCAAAAAGUUUAUUGAAAGUUUAAUUUUAUAAAAGAUUUUUUAAGUACGAAGCUUUUUAACCUAAGACGUACUGUUUUCAGUAUCAGCAACUACUUUUUAUUCCUGCCAAUCCGUGUUAAAACUCUUGGCCGAAGUUUUGGAAGUACCAUUAAGAUCACUGCUUGAGGAAAGGAAACCAAUUCAGGAAAGUCAUAGAAUCAAGUUUUUGAGGGAAAUCAAGGAUCUUAAGGUAGGUAUUGGGUCGUUCAGCCUAGAAUAAGGUUGAUUUUAACAAUUUUUUUUUAUAUGGAAAAAAAUUUAAAAUAGCUCAAAACUUAAAAUGUGGGCUUAUAUUUUUAAAAAAUUAAGAGUAAUCGAUUUUAAAAUACCUAAAAUUUUAAAUUUUUAAAAAUUUUUACGAAUUUAAAAUUUUGAAAUUUAAAUUUUUUUUUAUAUUUCAAUUUACAGGUAGAAGUAACUCACAUUGAAACAUACCGUCGCAAGUACAAAGUCAUCAACGUGACGAAAAGGACGGCCAAUUCUCAGACAUUCCCCUUGGACCUAACUCCAGAUUCUACAGUAGACAUUACAGUGGCCGAGUACUUUCGAAGCAAGUACAAGAAGAAAUUAUACGCCUCACACUUACCAUGUCUACAAGUUGGGAAAGAGUCGAAACAUACCUUCAUGCCGUUGGAAGUUUGUGAGAUAAUGAAAGGACAAAGAAGCGCCAAGAAGUUGAACGAUGUUCAAACAUCGAAAAUGAUCAAAGCAACGGCUAUGAAUGCGGUCGAGAGGGAGAAGAAGAUCGAGGAGCUGGGUAAGGUUAUGGUUUUUAAUAUUUGAACAGAUUUUUGGGUAUAAAGUUGGUUUUUUUUAUCUAAAAAUGUGAGAUAAAAGGAGGAUUUUAGGCUCUUGGGAUUAUUUUUGCACCGUGCAGGUUUUUACACUGCCAUUUUUAUUGCGAACUAUAACAAUAAAAAUGGAAAAAACUUUUGGGCUGUUUUAAGAUGGGUAGAAAUUAUAUAAAAUUGAUUUUUUUUUCAAAAAGUACAAUUAAAAAUGUCACUUUGGGGCGGUCGGAUAUUUUGCACUGUGCAAUUUUUCCCCAUGUCGUUUUUAAUGCAUUCGAUGAUUCUAAAAAUGGAAAAAGGUUUUAUACCGUUUUAAAAGGAGUAUGUUUUUUAUAAAAUUGAUUUUUUUUUGAAAAUGUACGAUUAAAAAUGUCUGUUCUAUGAGAUUGAUUUUUUGCACGGUGCAAUUUUAUUUUUCGUAUAAGCACUGAUUCUAAAAAUUUUAAAACCUUAUAGAUUAAAUUAAAAUAGGUUGAAAUGAAAUAAAAUUAUGAUUCUUGGCGGUCAAAAAGAGUUUUCCAUUUUUUACGAUGAAUUAAAAUUUUUGCACCGUGCAAACUAAAAUCAUAUUAUUUUAGUCCUCGAAUCCUCGGAAGUCUCAAAUCCAUUUGCGGACGAAUUUGGCUUUAAACUCUCAUCCAAAAUGAUCCAGUUCGAUGGCCGCGUAUUAGAAGCGCCAUCUUUACUGUACACCAAUCCAUCGGCUCAUCGUAUCUUCAGCUACAAGGCUACAAUACCGUCGAAAGGCGUAUGGGAUAUGAGGAACAAGCACUUUGUCAAAGGCGUUCAUGUGGACCACUGGGCAAUGGUCUUGUUUGUGUCACCGGGUUUGGUCGAUAAUGACAAAAUUUACAAUUAUGUCAACAGUUUGCAUACGGUAGCUGGUAUGGCUGGUAUGUAUAUGAAUCCGAAUCCAGUGUUUUGUAAAUAUGCUGCAGGAGUCGAUCAGAUUGGAGCGAUUUUACAGUAUCUGAAGGCUACUUUCAAGGGUAAGGGAUUGUUUUUUUGGGUCGUUGGGCUGGUUUAUGGGGCUUUUGGGCUUGUUUAUUGGGGUGUUGAGGUAGUUUAAUGGGUCUUUGUUCCGAUUCUUUGUUCUUUUUUCUUAUUUUAUUUGUUUUUGAUUUAUUUUGUUGUAUUUUUAACUUGUUUUAUUGGGAUUUUGGGCUUGUCUAAUGGGUUUUAGUUCUGUUUUUGCCUGUUUUUGGUGGUUUUUGAUCUAUUUUGUUGGCUUUUUCAUCUUAUUUUUUGUUUUCUAGGGUACGUUGGUGUGGUUUUAGACUAUUUUCUUGCGUUUUUGACUUGUUUUAUUGGUCUUUGAUCUAGUUUUAGUUGUUUUUGUUCUAUUCGUAUUAGUUUUUGACCUAUUUUUAUUCUUUCAGAUUGUCUUUUGCAGUGAUUCAUCUAGUUUUUUUUGUUUAGUAUUGUUUUUUAUCUAUUUUUUCUUACUGUUGGUCUAUUUUUAUUUGUUUUUCAUUUACUUUUAUUUGUUUAAGAUCUAUUCUCUUUAUGAAAAACCCUUAUUUUUAGACCUCCAACUAGUGACAGUCGUUCUACCAGGCAAAACCCUAAUGUACGCCGAGCUGAAACGCCUAGCUGACACAGUUUACGGUAUCCCAACUCAAUGCCUAAAGGCUUCGAAUGUGGUCAAAAUCUCGCCACAAACCCUGUCGAAUGUGUGCCUUAAAAUCAACGCCAAACUGGGCGGAGUAAACACGAUUUUGAAGCCGGAAUCGCGGCCGAAAACCGUCUUUGGAGAACCGGUCGUGUUCAUGGGCGCGAGAGUAACACACUCCAGUCCGGAUGACAUUAAAAAACGACCCAGCAUCUCUACAGUAACUGGCAGUAUUGAUGGACAUCCAAGCAAGUAUGUGGCUUCGGUACGGACACAGGCCAGGGAGGAUUAUGUGGUCGAUAUGGCAUUUAUGGUAGGUGCAGGGACGUCGCUACGGAUUUUCUCUGGGGGAGGGGGAAGUCGAAAAAAUUUUUUUCGUCCACAUGUAAGGUACCUGUGGACCGAUUUUUCAAAAAAAAUUUUUUUUUUGUUUUUUCGCGUACAGGUCCUGUUGAAUUUUUUUCGGAUCGGCUUUGGGGGAGGGGGUACCCCUCCUUACCCCCUCCCCCAAAUGACGUCCCUGGGUAGGUGGGUGGAAUGGUAGGGUGUGUUAGGGUAAGGGACGUUAGGGUAGGGCAGAAUGGGUUGUGGGAAAGUAGGGUGAUAUAGCAGUAUAAGGUAGACCAGGGUAGGCUAUGCCUACGUUUGCAUUAAGCCUAAAAAAUGUAAACUAAACCUAAAACUCUUUGUUUUAGUCAAAUGUAGUGUAGUAAGCCUAUAUACUAUGUUUUAAGCCUAAAAUUGUGUAUUAAGCCUAAAAACCUUUGCUUUGUUUAAAUAUUUGGUGCUAAGCCUAAAUAACCUAUUUUAAGCGUAAUAUUUAUGUGUUAAUCCUAAAUUUUUCUGCUAUGUCUAAAAUUGUAUAUUAAGCUUAAAAGUCUUUUUUUUGAGCCUAAAAAUGGCUUGGUAAGCGUAAGAAUUGUCAGCUAAGCCUAAAAGUUUUUUGAUAAGCUUGAAAAAUGUUUCCUAAGGCUAAAAAUUGUUGGCUAAGCCUAAAACUGCUAAUUUUAAAAACUAUUUUAUUUUAAAAUAUCUUUUUUAGGUUCGAGAACUUUUGGUCCGCUUCUACAAAAACACCGGCUUCAAACCAACACGUAUCGUAAUGUACAGAGGCGGUGUGUGUACGUCGAAAGCUCUAGAGGUACUAAGAUACGAACUCAUUCAAAUGCGCAAAGCCUGCAUGAUGCUGGAAGCUGGGUACGAGCCGGGUAUUACCUAUAUUUUGGUCGAAAAAACUCACCACACCCGAUUGUUCGCGGCGAAUCCGGACGACAGAAUGGGCAAAGCAUCUAACGUGCCGGCUGGUACUAUCGUCGAUACGACUAUCACUCAACCAGAUGAAUAUGAUUUUUAUCUGUGUUCACAUGCUGGGGUGCAGGUAGGGUUUUUAGCGGAUAUUUGGGGUGUAUUUUAAUUGGUUUUGGUUGAAGGGGGGGGGGGGUGGAUUUUUUAAUUUUUUAAGGGCGGGGUAUUUUUUUUGGGGUGGAUAAAAAAAUUUAUUUUUGGAUUUUAAGUUUUAAAAAUGAAUUAAAAAACAUCUUCAGGGCACCUCAAGACCCGCCUACUACCACGUCCUCUGGGAUGAUAAUAAACUCAGCGCCAACGAACUACAGACCCUAACUUAUCAACUGUGUUUCACUUACGUACGGUGCACCAGAAGCAUCUCAAUCCCAGCACCAGCUUACUAUGCACAUCUGGUGGCAGCCAGAGCUCGCCUUCAUUUUCAACCGGUCGAUUCGGACGACUUUGCGGAGGAAGGCGAAAAUCUCCCGGAUUAUAACAAGAACGUUAAAAUCCAUGAGAACAUCUCUAACUCGAUGUAUUUUAGUUAA